CGUCGAGAUAAGGAGUUUUAAUGACCGCGCUUCAGUUAGGUAUGUACGAUUUGGACAAAUCAAUAUUUAACAAAGAUAGUUCAAAGUUAAGUACAAAGACGUAGAGACGCAGACGGUGAUCGUUGUCCACGAUGGACAGAGGCGUUCGUCUGAAAAUUCGCAACCCCAAGAGCGACGCCAGUUUGCUAUCGAAACUAUUUUUCGCAUGGAUAAUUAAAAUGUAUCGCAAAAUUUUGAAAAACAAUUUGGAAGUGCCUGACUUAUACAAAACGUUCGAUUCGGACUGUUCGCAACAACUGGCGGAUAAGCUUGAACAAAAUUGGACGAAAGAAGUCACAAGGGCUAAAAUGAAGAACAAGCAACCGAAACUGGUCAGAGCUAUUGUGGCAACGUUCUUUUGGGACUAUAUGGUUUAUGGGGGCGUCCUCUUCGUUCAGCAUGUCAUACUCAGAUCUUUACAACCAGUGAUAUUAGCGUACUUAAUAACACUUUUUGAGAAAAGUACGAAUGAACGCAACGCCAUGUACUUUGCCACCACAGCUUUGGUCGGCGUGACACUUUUAAUCAUAUUCACGAUGCACCACGCAGUUUUUGGUCAAGCCGCCAUCGGAAUGAGGGUACGAGUGGCGAUUUCUGCCGUCAUUUACCGCAAAACGCUGAAAUUAACCAGACAAUCCUUAAACCACACUUCUACUGGACAAAUAAUAAAUUUACUGUCCAACGACGUCACCCGUUUCGACCUGGUGGUUCUAGCACUCCACUACUUGUGGAUUCUACCUUUUCAAGUUUCUGUCAUCACUUUGCUUUGUUGGAUGCAAGUCGGUGCCUGCGCUUUCGUUGGUGUCGCCGCCAUCGCACUCCUUUCCCUCCCUGUACAAGGAUACUUGGGGAAACUCACAUCAACCUUUCGUGUUAAAGUAGCCGAGAAGUGCGACCAUAGAGUGACACUAAUGAGUGAAAUCAUCUCAGGAAUACAAGUCAUUAAAAUGUACGCCUGGGAAAAAGCUUUCCAGAACCUCGUCAACGUAGCAAGAUCCCACGAAAUGGAAGCCCUCACGAUUGCCUCAUACUUGCGCGGGAUUUAUCUAAGCUUCAUCGUAUUCGUGGAACGAACUGCGCUCUUUCUAACUCUAACAAUGUACGUCUUCACCGGAAACGUGCUUCUAGCGGAACAAGUCUUCUCGAUUUCCAAUUUCUUCAACUUGCUUCAGUUAACAAUGUCGGUCUUUUUUCCGCUAUCUAUAAGCUUCGGGGCCGAAACUCUGGUGGCUAUUCAAAGAAUUGAGCAAUUCUUGAUGACGGAGGAGGUCGAGACGUCUACCAUCAAACUCGAUAGCAGCGUCGGGGUGUCUCUAACCGACGUACACUCCUCGGUUCUUAACAACAUCACGUGUCACAUCAAAAAAGGCUCUUUAUGUGCAGUAGUUGGACCUGUAGGUGGCGGUAAAACUUCUUUACUACAUCUGCUUCUAAACGAGCUUAAAUCUCUACACGGGUGUGUCAAGAUUCAAGGUGCUGUAUCUUUUGCGCCGCAAGAACCGUGGCUGUUUGCAUCCACCAUCCGUGAGAACAUACUCUUCGGGAACAAAUACGAUAGGAAAUUGUAUCAAAAGGUUGUAAAAGUUUGCGCUUUGCGAAGGGACUUUCGUCAGUUUCCGCUAGCAGAUAAGACGCUGGUGGGUGAAAGAGGGGCCUCGUUGAGUGGCGGACAAAGGGCUCGGAUUAACUUAGCACGAGCUGUGUACAGGGACGCAGAGGUGUACCUUUUGGACGAUCCCUUAUCGGCUGUCGAUAGUCACGUGAGUAAACACUUGUUCGAGGAAUGCUUAGUCAAGUACUUGCACGGGAAGACGAGGAUUUUGGUAACUCAUCAAAGGCAGUACUUGAAGAAAGCCGACGUCAUCGUCUUGAUUAACAAGGGGAAGGUGGAGGUGAAAGGGUCGUACAGAGAGCUGGCGAAGAGCGAUUUAUAUUUUACGAGGGAAAGUUUCGAGGAUGAUGAGAAAGUGGACGACGUAGAAGAAGUGGUUAUGUUGAGUGAUAAUUCUUUUCAAGAUUCGAGUCAGAUUAAGAGUGACUUCGGUGACGAGGAAGAGAAUGGGAUGACCGAGGGGACUUUAUCCUUACGCCAAUACAUAACGGCCUCUAGGAGUCUUUGCUUAACUCUUUUAGUGAUCGUGACGUUGCUUCUGUGUCAAAUUUUUUGUAGCGCCACUGACUAUUGGGUGACUUUUUGGACGCAACAGGAGACUCUAAGAAGUCAGAAUUUUUCAAGGAAUAAAACUGGGUCCAGUGAAAGGACAAACGUUAGUAGAAAAAUUCCUUUAGACGGAAUAACCAUUGACAAAUUUACGGCCGUUUAUAUUUACUCGGGAUUAAUUCUCUUCACCAUCAUCAUCACAUUUGUGCGUUCGUCUCUCUUCUUUAAACUGACCAUGAUCAUAUCGAAAAACUUACACACCCAAAUGGUCAACAAUCUUUUAACGGCCCACAUGAGUUUCUUUACCACUAAUCCAGCAGGCAGAAUUCUAAACCGAUUUUCUAAAGACAUGGGAGCGGUCGAUGAAAUAUUGCCACGAACGCUACUAGAAGCCAUUCAGAUUAUAUUGGUCAUGUGUGGAAUCUUGGUUAUGGUAAUUGUCUCGAAUUAUUACAUGAUUCCUGUAAUAAUCAUCUUGGGUUUUACGUUCAUGAAAAUUCGGUCAUGGUUUGUUACGGUGACUAAGCGCAUCAAGCACUUGGAAGGAAUAACCAAAUCACCGGUUUUUUCGCAUCUCAAUUCAUCUAUGCAAGGAAUCGUGACAAUUAGGGCUUUCAAUGCACAAGACAAGUUACGAAAGGAGUUCGAUCACUAUCAGGAUGUGCACACGUCUGCUUGGUUUUUGCUGAUAACCACAACCUCGUCGUUUGGAUUAUGGUUGGAUUUGGUGUGUCUUGUGUUUAUUGCUUGCACUUCCUUUAGCUUUAUUAUCCUCAAUCACUAUGGUCAGAUUAGUGGCAGUUUGGUGGGUUUGGCCAUUUCACAAUCCUUGGUUCUCACUGGGAUGCUACAAUACGGUGUACGACAAAGCGCAGAAGUUGUCAAUCAGUUAACCUCCGUCGAACGAAUUCUUCAGUACAACGAAAUCGAGAAAGAGGGACCACUAUUAACCCCUCCAGAAAAUGCUCCACCUUCAAACUGGCCCGCGCAUGGCUUCAUCCUCGUCGAUCGCCUAUCCCUUCAAUACUCACCCACAAAACCGCCCGUUCUCAAAAACCUGAACAUCGAAAUCCAGGCCGGCGAAAAAAUCGGGAUCGUGGGAAGAACGGGAGCCGGGAAAUCGUCUCUAAUAGCCGCCCUGUUCCGACUAACGGAACCCUCUGGUACCAUUUACAUAGACGGCGUUAACACUCAGACGCUAGGUGUGCGCGAUCUGCGUCGGUGCUUGUCCAUCAUCCCUCAAGAGCCAAUUCUGUUUUCGUCAACCGUGCGUCAAAAUAUCGACCCCUUCGGAGAAUACAGCGACAGACAAAUAUGGAACGUGCUCGAGGAAGUGGAGUUGAAAAAUAUCGUGUCUUGUUUGGACGCACCUGUCGCUCGCAACGGGUCGAACUUCAGCGUGGGCCAAAGGCAGUUGGUGUGUCUGGCGAGGGCCAUGCUCAGGAACAACAAAAUACUGGUAAUGGACGAGGCAACGGCCAACACCGACGAUAAGACUGACGCUCUCAUACAGAGGAUGAUCCGCAAAAAAUUCGAUUCGUGCACAGUUCUAACCGUGGCUCACAGAUUACACACCGUCAUCGACUCCGACAGGGUAAUGGUGAUGGAAAACGGCGAAAUCGUUGAAUACGAUCACCCGUACUUGUUGCUGCAGAAGCCCGAAAGUACCUUUUACAAGAUGGUUUUAGAAACCGGGCUGGAAACCAGCACUUGGUUGGAGGAACUCGCGCUGGAAGCCUUCCUCGAAAGGCGAACGCACUAAACUUCUCAUACUCAUCUAACUAUUUAAGGCAGUAAAAAACAUCUCUAUUAA